CCUCCGGAGGUCGAACCCGACACACAACCGACCACGUAAUAUCAUUGACUUGUUUUGGUCAGGCUUGGCAGGUGACGUGAAUAUAUGUGUCAUAAGAAGUAACUGAAGAUAAUUUAUGGCCGACAGAGAGGACAGGCAGCUGGAGGAAGAUGCGGAGGAAGAGAUGGAAGCAGAUGGAGUGGGUGACAUGGUGGGAGUAGUGGAGGAAGAGGGGCAGGUGGUGAAUGUAUUCCAGGAGGAAGGGGAGCCACAGGAGCUUGUGCUGAUGGAGGAAGUGCUCGUGGAUGAAGAUGCUGACAGCUGGGCUGAGUAUGAAAGUCGUGAGGAAUCGGAUGGUGCAGACAGUAAUGGAAGCGGUGAUGAAGGCUGUGGUGAACAGUAUGACACUACAUUACCGUCUAGACAUGAAUAUCUUGGUGAAACGGAGGAGUUACGAGGCCGUACUGUACAAGAAGAGAAUGACUACGUGACAAUACCAUUAUUGAUGCACAGUUCACUUAUGAACCUGGUAUUAGUGCCUACGCAAACACUCCCUUUAAGCAUCUUCCAUCCUUUACACGUUUCUAUGCUUCGCAAUGUCAUCGAUAAGGAUCGUACUUUUGGCAUUGUUCAUUCAAAAAUGUCACAUGAUGGUAAUUCAGAGAUGGCCAGAUAUGGAACAACAGCAGAAAUUUAUGAAUACCAAGAGGAAGAACUUACAGGAACAUUAUCAAUCAAAGCCAAAGGUCGCCAGAGAUUCAAGGUUAUGUCAACUCGUCGAGAGACUACAGGACUGAUUGUGGCAAGAGUGCAGAUAUUGCCUGAGAUACGCAUGGGCAAUCCAUUUGAAAUGAUGCGUCUGCAGUCCUUAGACAAAUUAACGCUACCUCACCCCCAGGAGGCUUCUAUCCAUGUAGCACAAACACGAGAUUUAGCUUCGGUUCGAACACCAAAUUCAUGGCGGGUAAGGGGGCGAAACGCUUGGCUGACUCCCUGGCCAUUAUUUGUAUAUAAUCAGUAUGAUGAUCUACUCUUGGCACAGAGAGUUAUAAAUGAAAUAAAAAAAAGUACCAUGAUCCAACCCAACAUGCUCAAACUUCCUUGUGAUCCUCAAGAUUUGUCGCACUGGGCAGCCAUCAACCUGCCUCUGGAUGACAGUCAUCGCCUUGCCCUUUUGGGUCUCAACACUCCCACUCAGCGCCUUCGAUACAUUCUUUCAGUACUUUCAAAGUGUAAAAUGCUAACUUGUACUCAGUGUACAGAGGUAAUUGGAGACACUGCAGAUAUCUUUUCUAUGUCUGUGGAAGGACCUCAAGGAACAUUUGUAAAUCCUGGUGGAUAUGUACACGAGAUGCUGACUCUCGGUAAAGCUUCUAACCUUACGUACUAUGGUCGACCAUCAACUGAACAUUCGUGGUUUCCAGGGUAUGCUUGGACAAUUGCUAAUUGCUCGAGCUGUCAUCAUCACAUAGGCUGGAAAUUUACUGCCACUAAGCGUAAACUUAAGCCUCAAAAAUUUUAUGGUGUGACCCGUAAAGCAGUCAAAGCUAAACUGGUGUGGGACGGAGACGAGGGAGAGAUGCGUCAUGUGAUAUAGUCUUAACAUUUACACUGUUGAUAACUGCUUUAAUAUAUAACAACUUGAAGAUAGUACACUACAUCUAAUCAAUAUUUAUUAUUGUGUUGGCUACUUUAAGAGCUACAGCUGUCUAUAGUCAACUUGCUAUUACCUGCAUGUUGUUGCAAAUACUUUAGAAAAUACAUUUAUAAGUAGAGGAUGGAAUUGUAAGGUUUGGCAUCAUGUAAAAUAAUGUAUGUACCUAAUUGCUGUGAUGAAAGUCAGUUUCUUUCAUGUUACCUUAUUUCCUAUGUACAGUAAUUAGUUUGUGAAUGUCAGACAAGCAUUUCAUUUUCAUGUGAUUAUUAAUAAUUAAUCAUACAAUAGACAGGUAGCAAAAUAUUUCAUGAUGUGUUGUGCAAGUAUUUCAACAUUUGUAGCCCUAUAGUUAAUUAUUUAUUCAUAUUGCACCCACUGGCAACCAAAUAUUUGGGAAGACUGCAGGAUGCUCCAAAUUCCUAUAUUUUGCUAUGGAGAGGCCUUGAGAGGCUCUAGUGAUAAAGGAAGCUAAUAGGAUAAAAAAAACACACAUGUAUUUUAUGAUUUAAACUACACCUAGUCUCUUGCACUCUCCUGAGUGCAUUAUCAAGGUCUGAGUACUGUAUAUGGUUUGGACGAGACUUAAAUCUCGACAACUAAUAAGGUUGCUAUCUGGGAUGCAGUUCUUUUGCUCUUGACCUGAUCAUGUCACCUUCAUUCCUGUCUGCCAAUGUUUCCAAGAAGAUGUCUUCUAGGAAAUUUAGAUAAGUUUCCCCCCCCCCCGUCCCCACACACACACAAGUUGGUACAGGAAUAAACAACUGCUAAGUCCUGUUAGCAGGCUGAGAGCUUUCCUAUUUCAUAGCUCAUGGGAUAGCCUUAUCCACUAGUUUACCCAGAAUACGACCUACGAAUCAUUUAACAACCAUGUAUCCAGUCACUGGGUGAACAGAGGCGUACAGUUAAGGAUUGGAAGGUAGUCAAUCAUCCCUGGCCAGGAUAUGAUCCUAGGCCAAAUCUCUCGGGAAGUGCGGGGCGAGUGUGCUCCAUGGGGGGGACUGCAGUUGUCCAUUCUGUCAUUCUGAGAUUGAGGACCAGUAGUGUUGAUAAUGAAGAUAUCCAUUCAGAUGCUAUCCCUUGUAACACACUUCAUACCAAAAGGAGAGCAGCUAUUGACUACUGUACUGUACUUGUAUUUAUCCAUUUAUUCAAAUCUAAUUUUAAUUCUCUCAAUCAUUUUUCUUGUAAUACUAUCCUUGGAAGUAGCUUUUACUUCCAGUAUAAAAAAAUUUACACUACAGUAUUAAUUAAAAACCCUUUAACUACCCUUCUAGUUCUAAUAUUCCUUUUAUAGAUAAUUUCAUACUUUUUAAAAAGCAAUAUUGUGAUCCUUUUCCAAACUAUGGGAAAUAUUAAUUGAUUUUAAGAAGUGUGAUCUAACCAGUUUUCCUCAAUCCGCAGCCAUUGGCAGGAUUGUUUGUCUUCUGUUACUGGUCCAGUAACAAACUGCAUGCUCUUAACGGUAGCAUGUCCCCAUGGCCUUCCUCCUACCACCAUAACCGGCAAUGGGAAACGGCUUUGGUGAGGUUACGUCUUGGCCAUAAAUAUUUAACUCGCAGGCACUUAAUGGAGCGCCGCCCUGUUCCUUAUUGUCCAAAGUGCAUUGUUUGAGUCGUGCAUAUCCUUGUUGAAUGUCCUGACUUCCAGGAUGUGUGUGCGUCUUGCUUCCCGACCGUCCCUCGCGGUCAAUUGUCCCUCGGUAGAAUUCUCGGUGAAUCGAAUACCCUUUAUAUCGUUCACUGUAUGUGUUUCUGUUCUUGUAUUGGCAUCCUUGGGGAUAUUUAGCGCCCUCUGAUUACUCUGCACAUUUGGUGGUGCUACAUAGCCUUCCCGGUUUGGUGCCUUCUUUUGAUAAUUACUUACUUGCUUCCCGACUGUCCCUCGUGGUCAGGGAAGGUCAGGUUCCUCGAUAGAAAACUUUUUUUUUUUUUUUUUAUAUAAUCAAAUACCUUUGAUAUCAUUUGCUUUAUGCGUUUUUGUUCUCGAAUUGGCAUCCUUAGUGAUAUUUAGUGCUUUUUAAAUAUCCCACACAUUUGAUGAUGCUGCAUAGUCUCCCCGGCUUGGUGCCUUCUUUUGAUAAAUACUUACUUAAGAAGUGUGAAAUUAUCUAUAAAAUUAAUAUUAGAACUAGUUUUUUUUAAAUAAGUACUGUACUGUUGUUUAAAUAUUUUCACUGGAAAUAAGAGCUUUACUUCCAAAGACAGAUUUUCAAGAAAAAUGAUUUUGAGUUUUGAGAAAAAUGAUUUUGAUUAAAACUAGGUUUGAAUAAAUGGAUAAAUCCAAGUACAGUUGUCUCAAUAACUGCUCUCCUUGGGAAUGGUGUGAGUUAUAAGGGAUAGCAUGCAAAUAAAUGCCUUCAUCAUUAGCAUCACCAGUUCUCCGAAUCCCAGGAUGACAGAAAUGACAACUGAUCUUAAUUCCCUAGACGACAUACCCUUGGGAACAUAGGCAGGAGGGACUGGAGGUGACUUGAUCAGGAGAUAAAGAAAGAUGAACGGACUGGAUCUCUGAGAGCAACCUUAUUAGUUGAGAUGUAAGUCACAUCCAAUCCAUAUACUGUGCUCGAGACCGUGAUAUUGUGUUCAGGAGAGUGCGAAAGACUCUGUAAUUCAAAUCUUUACAUAAACUACAUAAGUGUGGAUGUUUUACCCUGUUAUUAUGUCUGUGAUAAGACAUUACCAUUACUUAAAGAAAGUUAAUGAUAGUUUUUUAUGAAAAUUGUUACAAUUAUUAUACAUUUCAGUUUAAGAAUUUUUGUUAUAUUAAAGAGAAAAUCCACUAGGGCUGUGAGGUGGGCACAAACCCAUGACCAACUUCAGAAAAAGUGUUUCUGAAGUUGGGGUGUAAGGUGUGGGACCACUUUGCCCUUCCACCUGAUUGCUUGUGGGUCAUACGUAAACAUUUGGACUGGCUUCAGUAGGGGCCUCCAGACUUCCUGUGAUUUCAGUAAGAAUCUGGUUGUAUGACUUUUACAAGUCAGCAGUGGUCUAGUGGUAGAGUAUGCGGCUGGCAAUGCCUUGGUCGUAGGUUCGCGCUCACCCCUCAGCCCUUGGGGAUUUUCUCAUUGAUAUAUAUCACGUUAAUGUGAUUUCUGUGUGUUUAUAUUUAAUUUACUUGUUUGUUUCAAGAUCUGUACUGUAUUUAUAAUCUUAGGUUUGUAAAAAUACCUCAAUUAAAUACAUUUAUUUAUUUCAAUGUAA